AGCCUCAAUUUUGUGCGCAGGUAAUCCAAGGUGGCGCUACGUCCUAAAAUGUUUUGAUUAAAUAUUUAGGUCACGAGGAAUGAGGAAUUUUGCCAACAAAUUAACUUCACAACAUAUCAAAUUACCUAUCCAAGUGGUUACACAUUCGGGUGGUCACGUGUCCUACACUGAUCCUCGCCUUAUUCAUGAAAAACGUCACACGAAAAAUGAUUUACUCGAUAAGAAUACGAAGUAUUUGAAGUAUAAUCUGGAUCUCCCUUCAACCGCUUCGCAACAACAGCUAUUCUUACGAUCUUACCUCAAACCAACUAAAGGAUCAUCUGUAUCUUGACUAUGAGGGACUCAAAACAAAAAGAUGGUACAUCACAUCGGACUAUUUACGCAUUUACGUUCCUGGUUUCGAUAACAAUGUUGAUUUUCCUCUUUGUGUGGAGACCAAUGCUUCUUCCAUAUUUCUUCAGAUACUUUAAGUUGAUCAUUUCAGAAGCUAUGAGCGACGAACAGAGGGUUUUGGACAAUCAACUACAGCUUGCUCAUAAGGAAUGGAGAACGUAUCAGAUUGAAAGUCGUUUUGGCCAAGAAUGGUGCAAAGAAAACGUACAAGCAAGAAGCGAUGUCACAUGGUUAACAAUCGUGGUCGAUGAUAAUUUCGUCGUUCCUGCGUUGGUUCUUGCUCACUCUAUCCAAACAUUCUCUUGCCACAAGAACAUGAUUGCCCUGAUUUCAGAUACAGUCGCUGAAGAAACUCGGAGAGCACUUCAGAGAGUUGGUUGGGACAUUCGCGUAGUCGAAGCAAUGGACUGUGACUGGCUAGAUGCUAAAAUGGGCUUUGCAAGAAACGGUGGCUUGUUUGAAAGGCCAGGGAGUUUCAGAAUAAAAGGAACACACACUCGUUUUCAUGCGUGGAACUACACUGAAUUUUCCAAAAUCAUUUAUGCCGACGCCGAUUACAUGUUGAUGACGAAUAUCGAUCAGCUGUUCGAUAUUCCAGAUGACUUUGCUGCCACCCCUGGGAACAGGCCUGGUGUGGUGAAUCCAUGCUUUAAUGCUGGUUUCCUUGUUUUUAGACCAGAUGCCAAAUACUAUCAGGGAAUCAUGGACUUAUGGUUGGAAACCACCCAAAGAGAUACUUGUCCUGACGAUCAAGUUUUGCUCUGGCAUUAUUAUGCCGAUGCUGGAAACUGGAGAGCACUUCCUUACUCAUUCAACAUCAGGCUCAUCAUCUACAGACCCUUUAACUCUUAUCACUUUGCUGGAGGCAAAGGCGGCUAUCAUCCUCCCAAGCCUUGGUCCGCAGAUUGCAGACCAAGCAGGAAAGAAGCUGCAGAGUAUGACAGACCAAUUGUUGACAUAGCAGAUGUAGAAAUAGUUUUUUGGAAGAAUUUUUAUCAGUUACUGAAACGGUACAAAUUAGAGGACUGGUGGAGAUCUACAAAGCUGUUUCGACCAAAGCAAGAGUUUGGUCUGGUACCUUAUGCAGACUGCAAAAGGGGUCAUCAGUGAGUAAUUGAAACAGGUACAGAAUGUAAAAAUUAUUGCAUACAGGUGCCGAUGAGACUAAAUUUUUGAAAAUCUAGGGGCUAAAUUGGCAACUAGAUUGCUUCACCACAACCUACUUAAAGACAAAGAGACGAUAAAGAUUGCUUUAGAUAAAUCUGUGGCAAACUUCCUCAAAAAGUUGACUCUAUUUUGAAAAGCAGAACAUGUUCAGCCAUCGUCACAAUUACUAGAGGCCAUCUUGGAUUUAUGUAUCCUUUCAAAUGGUGCAAGACCCAUUGUAUUGUCCUCUUUAGACCAAAGGCAACAAAUGCCAAAUUUUUCACAGCAUAAGAUAUAGGACAUGUCUGGUGGCUUGAAAAAAUACUCUAUUAUAAAAUGUUGUUUCUUCUUUCCUUUUCAAUUAAGACAGAUAUUCCCAAAGGUUUCAAUUUUUGCUGUUUGGUAAUUUUGGAAGUUUCGUUAUAAUAAAUUAUUCAUAACAAAGUGGUUUCAGAACAUCAAGGACUUUUAAGAAUUUGGAUUUUUCAAUUUUAAAGCCAAACAGCAACUGAUCCAGAAUCUAAAACUGUGCAAUUAAGGGAGUGAUUUGCCUUGUUUUGUAGAUUUAUUAUGAUCAGCAGUUCUGAGAAUGAGUUCCAACAAGUUGUACCUCAUGAAGUCAUGUUAACAACAAAUGACAAUAACUAAGUGCAGUGAAACUUUCUAAUGGAUAACUGGAUGUGACUACAAAUCUUUUCUACCAUCUGUUUAUGACUCAGGCAGUAGUAUUUGUAGUGUUCAACAAAUAUUUAUUUAAAAAAAUCUCAGUCGUCUGAUCAGGCAACAACACAAGAAUUAGUUAUCAGCUCAACUUUAGGCCAUGAACCAGAUAUCGUUUGACUUUUAAAGCAGACCUUAUUCUAAGCUAGACACGAUAGUAAAAUCUCAUCAUUUCUAGGAAAACAGGUAAAAUUAUAACAAAAUUCAGCCAAUUUUGGAAGUUUCGUUAUAAUAAAUUAUUCAUAACAAAGUGGUUUCAGAACAUCAAGGACUUUUAAGAAUUUAAAUUUUUCAAUUUUAAAGCCAAACAGCAACUGAUACAGAAUCUAAAACUGUGCAAUUAAGGGAGUGAUUUGCCUUGUUUUGUAGAUUUAUGAUCAGCAGUUCUGAGAAUGAGUUCCAACAAGUUGUACCUCAUGAAGUCAUGUUAACAACAAAUGACAAUAACUAAGUGCAGUGAAACUUUCUAAUGAAUAAUUGGAUGUGACUACAAAUCUUUUCUACCAUCGGUUUAUGACUCAGUCAGUAGUAUUUGUAGUGCUCAACAAAUAUUUAUUUAAAAAAAUCUCAGUCGUCUGAUCAGGCAACAACACAAGAAUUAGUUAUCAGCUCAACUUUAGGCCAUGAACCAGAUAUCGUUUGACUUUUAAAGCAGACCUUAUUCUAAGCUAGACACGAUAGUAAAAUCUCAUCAUUUCUGGGAAAACAGUUAAAAUUAUAACAAAAUUCAGCCAUCUGUUAAAGUUUCCAUCACAACCCUCCUGGGCAUGCAAAUACAACUAAGUUUCAUAAUAUCUAAAUUAAAUGAUCUAUUCUUCAUUAUCAGUUUUUAUUAUCAUUUAAGCACUUCUUUACCAAACUAGGACAGGAGAUAAACUGAAAAGGGAUGACUCUCUUUUCAGUUCUCUAUGAUUUGAGACUCAUCACAGACUACUGUGACCAUUAUUAUAAAUACGGCCAGGGUUCGACACGAAUGGUAGCCCACUAGCCACAGACUAGUAAAACUUCAGUUUUGGCAAGUGGUUUUUGAUUUCCGUGAGCCAGUUUG